UUUUUUUCCCCUCUUUUUGCAAGCUGUCCCAUGUUUUGAACUGCAGGUACUGUUCAGUGCUGUGCGACCGCUGGCAGCCAAGGACCUAACAGACAGUCACCCAAAACAAUGAUCAAACUAUAAAUCUGUUUGCCAUCAGAAAACUUAAAAAGAAGAAAUCCUCUGCAAAUACAUCUCACACAUCAGAUUAAAAAACGUAGCAGCCAUGUUGUCGGUCUAUGUGGCGUUUCUGUUUCUCUGCACUGCCCACCUGCCACUAGAUUCCUCCGCCCUUCCCUUUGAGCAGAAAGGAUUCUGGGACUUUGGCAAGGACAUUGAUGUGAAAGAGCUGAUGAUGAUGAUGAAGGACCAGGAAGAAGGGUCAGCUGUGGAACCAUACCAACCGGAACAUCCCACAUGCCCAUUUGGCUGUCGGUGUGACCUCAGAGUCGUACAAUGCUCGGAUUUAGCUUUAGGUUAUGUGCCAUAUGAUAUUCCUAAAGACACACUGCUGUUGGACCUGCAGAGCAACAGGAUCACAGAGAUCAGGGAAGGAGACUUUAAGGGAUUGACCAACCUCUAUGCCCUGGUGUUAAGAUAUAACCAGAUCUCCAAAAUUCACCCCAAGGCAUUCCUCCCUUUGAAGCGUUUGCAGAAGUUAUAUAUCUCACACAAUCUUCUGACUUCCAUCCCCAAAAACCUGCCUGCAUCCCUUGUGGAGCUGCGUAUCCAUGACAAUCACAUCAAGAAAGUGCCGGCAUUUAGUUUCUCAGGCCUCCACAACAUGCAUGUGAUUGAAAUGGGUCGUAAUCCACUUCAGAACAGCGGUUUCGAACCUGGAGCAUUUAUGGGCCUUAAACUGAACUACUUGCGCAUUUCUGAAGCCAAACUUACCGGAAUUCCCAAAGACCUUCCCAGUAGCCUUCAUGAGCUCCAUUUGGACAAUAAUCAGAUUCAGGCCAUUGAGUUUGUGGAUCUCAGCCAGUACACCCAGCUGCAGAGGUUGGGACUCGGCAGUAACCAGAUUCGCAACAUUGAGCACGGUGCUUUAUCUUACCUCACCGACCUGAGAGAGCUGCACCUUGACAACAACCGUCUGUCCAGUGUGCCCGGAGGACUGUCUCACUUGAAGUAUCUGCAGGUUGUGUACCUCCAUUCAAACAACAUCACCAAUGUUGGAGUGGACGACUUCUGCCCUACGGGUUUCGGGAUGAAGAAGGUGUUCUACAAUGGCAUCAGUCUCUUUGACAACCCAAUCAGGUAUUGGGAGGUGCAGCCCUCUACGUUCCGCUGUGUCAGUGACCAAAUGGCUGUACAGUUUGGAAACCACAAGAAAUAAAAGAUGCACAAAACCAAUCCAGGAGGAGAACAAGAGGAAAACACCCAUAAGAUAUUUGAGUGAAAAAGAUGAAAAACAUUUCCAUGGAGGCACAAUUAGGAAGAAACGUGGACUCCAUUUAAGUCAAACAGGUCUAUUUAAAAGUGAAUUUUGAUGUGUGUAAUUCCCUGCUGACAUUAAUGAAUAUAUACUCCACAAAAUGCCUUUCUGUUUAAUUUAGUUGACAGCAUUGAUGGUUCCUUAAUUAACUGUCUGAGAUGUCUAUCAACAGCUUCAUUUUGCUUAGUUUUCAUGGGUUGCAUCUUUAAAUAAUGAGAUAAAUUCACAGUUUGUCAUUCUGAGCGGCUGAUUGUCACUCAUUCAUCAUGGUAAUACUGUAAUAAAGUGGAUUGUGUUGUGGAUGUUUAUCAUGCCAUCACAAGACAGCCAACUUUAAA